UUUUGAACCACUGUGCGGCGGCAGCAGCAGAGCGUUUUAAAAGCAGAAUAUUGCGCUCGUCGUCAAGUAGUUGUGUAUCGGAGCGAAAUCCAGUCAAAGUCAAACAGUCCGACGCUGUCGCCGUGAGCAGACGUUUAACGCGCCUUUAGUUCCCGCCAAGUGUAUUUUUUUCAGUGUUUAAAAGCCGCUUUUGACUAAAAGUUAGUUAGUUCCUUUAGAAGUUUCAUUGAGCAAAUUACCAAAAAAAAAGAAAAAAAAGUCAGCGUAAACAAAAAAAACAAAUAUGUCCACCGUUUUAGAGAAUCUGAUGAGCCAAGUGGCCGAAGUCUUGCCCUCGAGUGGACGCAAAAUAUCCAUUGUCGGUAUUGGCCAAGUUGGCAUGGCCUGUGCAUUCAGUAUUCUUGCCCAGAAUGUUUCCAACGAGAUUUGCCUUGUCGAUGUGUGCAAGGAUAAGUUGCAAGGUGAAAUGAUGGACUUGCAACACGGUUCCAAUUUCCUUAAGAAUCCCAAAAUCACCGCCAGUACCGAUUACGAAGCAACUGCCGGCUCGCGUCUAUGCAUUGUGACAGCUGGCGUACGCCAAAAGGAAGGCGAAUCACGUUUGUCGUUGGUGCAACGCAACACCGACAUACUCAAGCACAUCAUUCCCAAGUUGGUGCAACACUCACCCGACACCAUUUUGUUGAUGGUCUCCAAUCCAGUGGAUAUUAUGACCUAUGUCGCAUGGAAAUUAUCCGGUUUGCCAAAGAAUCGUGUCAUUGGCAGUGGCACCAAUUUGGAUUCGUCACGGUUCCGUUUCUUGAUGUCACAGCGUUUGGGUGUAGCGCCCACAUCUUGCCAUGGCUGGAUCAUUGGUGAGCAUGGUGACAGUUCAGUGGCUGUGUGGUCUGGUGUGAAUAUUGCUGGCGUGCGCUUGCGUGAGUUGAAUCCGAACAUUGGCACAACUGAAGAUCCAGAAAAUUGGCAACAAGUACACAAGAAGGUCAUCGAUUCGGCCUAUGAAGUGAUCAAGUUGAAGGGUUACACCUCAUGGGCCAUUGGCUUGAGCUCAGCUGCGCUAGCAUCGGCCAUCUUGAACAAUACAAGCAACAUUGUGGCUGUCUCAACUUCAGUACAGGGUGAACACGGUAUUGACAAGGAUGUGUUCUUGUCCUUGCCUUGCGUCUUGAAUGCCAACGGCAUUACCUCGCUCGUCAAGCAGAUACUCACACCCACCGAAGUGGAGCAAUUGCAGAAGUCGGCCAAUAUAAUGGAUGAAGUGCAGAAGGGCAUUAAUUUUUAAGCAGCAUUCGAGUGAAGGGAGCUAAUUAUUGGCUAAGCAUAGGAAUAAGAAGACGAGGCAGAGAAAGCAAGCAGAGGAGGAAGAAGAAGAAGAAGAGGCAGUAAACGCGUAGAAAAUUUGUAAAUUAAGUUUUUACGCUGGAUAAACUUACAGAAAAAAGUAUUUAUUGAAAUAAUGUUAAAUGUGUAAUAAGAAAGCCAACGCGCCACUAUUUUGUUUGUAGACGAAUUUCAUACACACACGCAUACACGCAUAUUUGUACGCCAUUCAUUUAUGUGUUUAAUUUUAAUUGUUUUUAUUUUAAAUGUUCCUAGUCUAAAAAUGCAAACAACACACACAAAUAAAAGAAAA